CACUUCACUGCUGACCCAAACAAUAGAGUCGCAACAGCGAUAGUGAGAGGGCAGGAAGUGCAGUCGCCGCUAGAGAUUAGGGAGAAUGAUGACAGUGGUGAAAUUCGCGAGAUGAGCGUCAGAAGGCACGAAAGAAAUAGUGCCUUUGACUUCCACUACAGCACAUCACCAUUCAGUAUUGUAUUCACUGAAGAUCCCAAUUUCAAGUUCAUCUACUUCAACUAUACGCGCAUUGAUGGCAAUUCCACGGAAUUUGGCAAUCAUUUUGUGGUAUUUGAUCCUGGAAAAAAAUCAUUGACCGGCCUGACGCCCUGUAGUCUGUACAGUGUGUUCGGAGAGAUGAGAAAUUUGGUCACCAAUCGUACAUUCAAUCACACAGAGCUCAUUAGCACAGAUUACGCGGUGCCUGUGACCACAAUCUUACUAGCGAUACCAUUUUAUGAUUCCAUUGAAUUACAGUGGAAUACGUCUAACAGGGAAUGUGUAUCGUACUAUCAGGUCAGAGUGACUUCUGAUGAAGGGAAAUUUGAGACAAAGACUACGAGAUUUGACUGGGGAAUUGAUGGUCUGGCACCAUGUACUGAGUAUACGAUUGAAGUUGAGACGAUAAAUGUUCUUGGGGAGACUGUUAGUCGAAUUGUUGAGAAGGAGGUGACUUCUUUUAUUGAUCCUGGUCCUGUUGAGGAUUUGGAAGUUCAUGAGUUGUCUGGUGGAAAGAUUGCUGCAUCCUGGACGCCACCGUUGGAUGGGGUGGAGUGUGUGAGUGAUUAUACGGUAAAAUUGGGGGAGGAUGCAUGCUUGGAUGAGGAAUCAUGUCUGUGGAAUUACAGAAAUACCAGUAAAUCUCUUGAGGGGGAAUUUGAUGGUGUUGAAGCAUGCAAAAAAUAUACAAUUGUUGUCUAUACAAAUGGUCAGGAAGAUGGAAGUAAUAGUUCCCUGACAUUUGAUGCGGAUUUUCAAAGUCCGGGUCCAGUUAGGGAACUCAAUUACACCAUUGAGAGUGCCUCUGAGGCUAGAGUUUUCUGGGUUCCUCCUGAUGAAAACUUUCACUGCGUUUCUCACUAUCUUGUGAAGUGGGAUGAAGAAGAAGUUAAUGUGACUGAGGCAGUCAUUGAGUUGAAAGAUUUGCAGCCAUGUAAGGAGUACGUGGUGGGUGUAAGUGUUGUGGAUGAACGUGGGGAUAUAGGACCUCCUCAGACAAUUGGCAUGAAAAUGCCGGAUGAUGUUCCGGGAGCAGUUGAAAAUGUCGAAUUUUCAGCUACUUCUUCGGAGCUUUUGGUCAAGUGGACGCCAUCUCAGUAUGCUUUGCUCUGCGUAAAGAACUACAAACUGUUAAUGUUUGGAGAUGAUAGCCAUUCGGAGAGUUAUGAUCAUGUAACAACAGAUACGUCUUUUACUUUUCAACGAAUGACUUCUUGUCGUAAAGUUUCUGUGAGUAUCUUUGCUAUGACAUCCUUUUCAAAGGAGAGUCCAUCGUCUACUAUCACCACGACGAUUCCUGCUAGAGUUACAGCAAUUCCAACAACUCCCCAACUUGUUCAUCGAACAAAGUCUCUCCUGCAUCUUAAGGCUUCCCUGACAGACACAUUCAUUGAUUGUGAAUUAGUUUCUGCCCAUUUUGUUUGUGCAGCUGAAGAUGAAAGUAUCGAGGUGGAAUCCUAUGUUCCGGUGCCCCCGCUCAAUUCGAACUUUACAGAAUUUGAAGCUUCUAUCGAUAGCUUACCACCAUAUACGAAAUUUAAUUGUUCAGUUAGGAUUCUUAACUGGGCUGGAUGGUCUGAAUAUUCCAUGUCAUCUUUUGAGACUGAAGAAGAUUUCCCAGGAGAACCUACAGGCCUUGCUGUUGCUAUGACGAACAAUAAAGGCUUUCGCGUCACUUGGGAUCGACCAAUCCAUCCCAAUGGUCAAGUGCAUUCCUUUAGGUAUGAGAUUCAUCAAGUUGAACCUCUGUAUCUCGUGCCCAGUACCUGCCCAUCGCAUCAGCUCACGAAUUUAACUGAGGAAACUCAUCUGCAGGAACUUGUGUAUGAUAGAGGCUCUCCGGCUUUUACCUACUUCGUCCAGGUAGCCGCUGUCAAUUUGGCUGGUGUUGGAAUCUACACCAGACCCAUUAUUGUCCAGACGCUUCCAGAUAUUCCACAAACUGUGUCAAGUUUUGAGGUUUUAUCUAUCGAUGGACCUUUUACACCUCUUGCCUACAAUGUCACAGUUACCAUUGAAUGGACAAUCCCUUGUCUCUCUAAUGGUGCCCUUGAGGUUUUCGAAGGGAUUUUCUACGGCACGAAGGAAGAUAGGGAGCAUGUAAUUGGCUGGGAGCACCAUGUCCGGGGAUCUGUCAGGGAAAAAUAUACACAUACCCAGGGAGAUCUUUUGCCUGAAUACCACUAUAGAGUUACCAUCAGGGCUAGAGUGAGGAAUGUCAGCAACUCUAGUGACACCAUUAUGAAGGAAUUCCACUCACCAGCUGGAAUUCCGGAAACUUUUGGCAUGGACAAUUGGGGUACUGUGGAUGUUUUCUCAUCUCCCAAUCCCACUCACAGUGCUGAGAUUUCAAUAUCAUCCAGGAUUUUGAAUUCUACAGCUGGAGAUAUAAUGUAUGUGGCCCUUUUGGUGUCAGAAUGUGGAUGUCAGGAUGAUCCUGUGCCACAAUUUGGGGCCAUUCAGAGCGAAUUAGAAUGGCCAAAUGUCAUGCAAUGGCAGGAAGCUAAAGAAUUCUCAUGUAUACCUCAGUAUCAGACAACACCGAUGAGAUGGCGACCUUUUGGUGAUGAGGACUUCCGAAAGACCUCAGAUUUCUUCUACACCAUUGGACGGGAUGAUUGCAGUAAUCCUGGAGGAUACUGCAAUGGCCAUCUGCGACCCAAUACUGAGUAUUCACUGAUAAUCAGAACAUUUACCAGGCAUGGAUUUAGUGACUCUUCUGUGAUUCGGUUCAGAACCGAUGGCCUGAUAGCCCUGUCCAUGAUUAUAGGGAUUGUAACGGGAUGCCUCUUGAUUGCCUUUAUUCUGGGCUUAUUUAUUGCCCGUCGAAGCAAUUCUCUACACAAGUGGAACAAUGAUUUGCUGAAUAGCGAUGAAACUGUUCCAGAUGUUGAUCUCAAGAAAUUCUCAGAUCACUACAUUUCCAUGAUGAGGAAUUCAAAGGAGAAUCUUACCAAAGAGUUCAAGCUGCUGAAUGCUGUGACGCUUGAAAAGGACUUUUCGAUGGCUGCAGCAAAGCAGAAUGAAACAAAGAAUCGCUAUGUCAAUAUUGUUCCUUACGACAUGAACAGGGUACUUCUUAAUGUCGAGGAGGGCGAAACUGAGUACAUCAACGCUUCCUAUAUUUCUGGCUUCAAACGAAACAAGGAAUAUAUCGCGACUCAAGGUCCAAAAUUGGAGACAUGCUUUGAUUUCUGGCGGAUGAUCCUGCAGUGCAAUGUGAAGAGGAUUGUUAUGCUGACUCUUUUGAGAGAAGAUGACAAGGUCAAGUGCUAUGGGUACUAUCCAAUGAUGAAUAUGAAGAACAAAAGCAUUCAAUUUAAGGACAUUUUUAUCCAUCUGGAGAGUGAAUCUGAGUUUUCCAUCUACAAAAAGAGAAUCUUUCUUGUAAAAAGGGGAGAUAUUGAGAAAAGGGUAUCCCAGUAUCACUUUACAAAGUGGCCAGAUCAUGGAUGUCCGCAGAAUCCCACGGAUCUUAUUGAAUUCACGAGAAUGUAUCAAAUUGAAAAGAAAAAUUCUAGUUCACCCACUGUCGUUCACUGUAGUGCAGGAGUAGGACGUACGGGAACUUUUAUUGGUUUGGACAUUAUCAUGCAGACGCUCAAGACUCGAAAAUCAAUCAAUAUUUAUGAGAUUGUGCGACAGCUGAGGAAUGAAAGGAUGAAGAUGGUACAGACUUUUCAUCAGUAUAGCCUUCUCUACCAAUGUGCAUAUAUUCUAGUCAACAAAACCAGUAGCAUGAGGUGGAGCAAGAAGAGUGUUCUCAGUCGAAGGCUCACGAGAAUUCCGCAGACACCAUCAAAUUCCAGUAUCCAGUCUCUUGGACGGGAAAUACCGUCACAGGGCAGUGCUUUGACUAUAGGAGGACAAAAAUUAUCAUCCCCGGAUGCAGAUAGUUCUCUCUGAGUAGAUUUCUGGAGCAUAUCUGCUACUUUUGCAUUUUUUUUUAUUGUAAAACGUUUUUAUAUGAAUUAAAGAAUUUCCCCUUGUA